GUGCGUGCGUUGUAAUGAUCAGAUUGGGUUGAGCGGAUAUAUGCCAGUUCUAACUCUAUAUGCUAAAAUAUUCUUAUUUAAACGGAACAGGCUAUGUUUCGUUGUGCUUUUGCCAUUACCCUCACACCUUGUUUUUUUUUACUAAUCUGGUAAUCAUGAUCGGGCUUUGCUAGGUUAGGACAACACGGCAUUAUGGUCCAGGCGCUGCAAAAGGGUGAAUCAAUUUGAGAGGGAGAGAGAGAGAAAGCGCAAGAGACGAGAGAGAGGGCGGGUUGAAGAGAUAGUGAGGGGUGAGAAGACACCGAAUAGGCUACGUAUCUGCAGUUUAAGGAAUGGGCCUAUAUUAAAGAAAAAGUUUUUGACUGGAUGCAGCAUCUCCAUUGAAUGAGAGGCCAUUCCCAGUCCAAGGCCCCAGCCCCCAGGCCAGGCCCUAGUCCCCAGUGUGGAGUGAUGGAGCUGCCCAGUUUUGGGAGCUGCAGAGCCAGGCGACGGACGCCCCGAGCCCCUGCUGCUGAUGUGAUGGAGACACGCAAGAUGUAACUCAAGGAUUCCUCUCUAAGGUCCCAAAUACCUCAAUGUCAAAAGUUACAUCAGUCAAAACAUACAUACUUCUGUAUAAAAAGAAUACUAAAAAUACAGCGAUAGAACAUAAAACACCUUUAAAAAUGAAACCUUAAAAACAACAAAUCGCCACCCGAGAGAUUUAACAAAGUCAACCGUGCUGAGGAAUCCAUCACAUCAGGAUCAAUUUAUCAACAUCUUUGGAGAAAGGGCAGGGUCAUGUCCCAGUUGCCAUGCGCAUCACCACGGUGACCUGCCUUCCCUGCCCCUCCCCCCUCCUCCUCCUAUUGGCCCAGCUGCUUCUGCGGCUCCUCGUCCCUGGGCCAGAAUCUGUAGGGGCCGCCUCUCCCUGCCCCACCCACUGCAGCUGCUCCAAUCAAGCGAGUCGAGUCAUCUGCACAAGACAGAGUCUUGAUGGAGUUCCUGAGAGCAUAUCAGUCAACACAAGAUACCUCAACCUGCAAGAGAAUUCAAUUGAGGUUAUCAAGUCGGACACCUUCAAACACUUGAGGCACCUUGAGAUCCUGCAGCUGUCUAAGAACAAAAUCAGCCAGAUUGAGGUGGGAGCGUUCAAUGGCCUGCCCAACCUCAACACGCUGGAGCUGUUCGACAACCGACUUACCCUGGUCCCCUCACAAGCCUUCGAGUACCUCAGCAAGCUGCGGGAGCUGUGGCUACGAAACAACCCCAUCGAGACCCUGCCAGGCUACGCCUUCCACCGGGUGCCCUCGCUGCGCCGCCUGGACCUGGGCGAGCUCAAGAGGCUGGACUACAUCUCGGACGCAGCCUUCGUCGGCUUGGUCAACCUACGCUAUCUGAACCUGGGCAUGUGCGGUCUGAAGGACAUCCCCAACCUGACAGCCCUGGUGCGCCUGGAAGAGCUGGAGCUGUCCGGAAACCGCCUGGAGAUCAUCCGGCCCGGCUCCUUUCAGGGCCUGGUGUCCCUCCGUAAGCUCUGGCUGAUGCACUCACAGGUCAAGGUCAUCGAGCGCAACGCCUUUGAUGACCUGAAGAACCUGGAGGAGCUCAACCUGUCCCACAACUCCUUGCACUCGCUGCCACACGACCUCUUCACCCCGCUGCACCAGCUGGAGAGGGUCCACCUCAACCACAACCCCUGGGUGUGCAAUUGCGAUGUCCUGUGGCUCAGUUGGUGGUUAAAGGAGACUGUGCCCAGCAACACCACGUGCUGCGCCCGCUGCCAUGCGCCACCCGGCCUGAAGGGCAGGUACAUCGGGGAGUUGGACCAGAGCCACUUCACCUGCUACGCCCCGGUCAUCGUGGAGCCGCCGACUGACCUCAACGUCACCGAGGGCAUGGCGGCGGAGCUGAAGUGUCGCACGGGCACCACCAUGACCUCGGUCAACUGGAUCACGCCCAACGGCACCCUGAUGACCCACGGCUCCUACAGGGUUCGGAUCUCGGUCCUGCAUGACGGCACGCUAAACUUCACCAAUGUCACGCUGAGGGACACGGGCCAGUACACCUGCAUGGUGACCAACUCGGCCGGCAACACCACGGCGACGGCGGUCCUCAACGUCACCGCCGCCGACCCCAGCGUCAGCUACUUCACCACUGUCACCGUGGAGACGUUGGAGCCCAUCGAGGGUCCGACCGUUUACGCCGGCGCCAUGAACAUCCACAAUGAGUCGUACGUCAUUACCUCUUCUGGUCCGGCGUGGGGAGACGGUGCCACCACCGCCUCGUCUCUUUCGUCCUGGUCCUUGUCCUCGCCCCGGUCCACCCGGCCCACCUUUACUGUGCCCAUCACUGCCGAGACAGGCUACUCCGGCGUGGACGACGUGAUGAAAACCACCAAGAUCAUCAUCGGCUGCUUCGUGGCCAUUACCUUCAUGGCGGCCGUGAUGCUGGUCGUCUUCUACAAGCUGAGGAAGCAGCACCAGCUGCACAAGCACCACGGCCCCGCCCGCGCCAUCGAGAUCAUCAACGUGGAGGACGAGAUCGGAGCCGGGCCCGGGGGACGUGGGAGCGGCAUCUCGGGCGGGGGCACCGUUCCUCGUGAUGGCGGAGGUGGCGGGGGUGGGGUGGGAGGUGGGCAGAGCCUGAGGAUGCAUCACCCAGAGAUGGUUAACCUGCCCAACCUGGCCAGACAGGAGCACCUCAACCACUACUACAAGGCCCACCACUUCAACAACAACAUGAUGGGCUUGACCACAGGCCUCAAUAACAACAACAACCCCUCCCUUUCCUCCUGCCCCCAGAACCAGAGCACCCCCGUGUCCUGUGCACAGGGUCCCACCUCCACCAGCAGUGGCACCGCUGCAGUCAGCUCCCUGCCCUCCCCUGUAACCCUGCCCCAGCUGGGGAUCCAUGGCUCACUGAAGGGGCUCAUGGGAAAAGGCCAGAACACUCAGAUAGAGCCACUGCUCUUCAAGAAUGGCUCUAAGGAAAAUGUGCAAGAGACUCAGAUCUGAAAAGAGAGAGACAGAUGGAGAAAGAAAAGAGACAGAAGACAGGGAGAUGGAGAGAGAGAACGGAGCCUGAUUGUACUAUCCCCAUGGCCAGACUUUGAUAGAAGUUGUAGGUUGUGGACGAGGCAGGCAGAAUAUGAAAUGUUACAGAUGCUGCUUUGUAUGGUUAGUGCAUUGAGAGAGAAAGAGAGGGAAGCAGUGAGAGAGAGAGAAAGAGAGAGGAAAAAGGAGAAAAGGGAGUCAAGGGGAGGCAUUGUUCUCACACCUCUACUUUGUCUGCUCGACACCCGUCCCAGCAUUAACAUCUUCUGAGACACUUCAAGACACACGUGCACACACACACACACACACGGCUUGACACACAGCGACAGGAACACUCAGUCAGCUAACACAUAUCACAGUGCAUUAUGAGAUUGACAACUAUGUGCCAAAGCCCCCGCAAUCUAUAUAUCCAUCAGCAGCGUUCACCGACUGAAUCAGGUGACCGGUUUCAAUAUUCAGACACGAUGAUGAGAAUCACUAUGUUUAUAUCUAUAUACCGAUCACCUUGUAUAUUAACAGAUACAAUUCUAGUCACCAUGUAUAUAUAGAGAUAAGAUCUGAGUCACUUUGUUGAAGUAUGCCGAUUAGUGUUUGGGACUCAGUCAGAGCAGUAUAGGGCUGCCCACAGAAUGAGCAAAAUGCAGUUUAGUGCCAGGCACCAAGCGCUGUGUGGGAAGACAAAACAACAACAACAACAACAGCCAUUGUGUUUUACUAAGUGGGCUCACUCUCACUUUCUCCCCUCUUUCACACCUGACUGGAUACUUUCUUUAAAGGACUGGAAGAGAAAUGGAGUGAAUCGGUGUGAGAAGAGAAAUAAUGGCAAAAAGGACAAUGAAAGAUACAAAUAAACUGUGAAAGUACAUAUUAUAUAUAAAUAUAUUUUCAUUCGAAGAAAUAAAUUAUGAAGAAUCUUAAACAGCUUUCUGACUGAAUAGCCAGAGCUUCUGAAGAAUAUAUGAACUGCUGUCAUAGAGCGGUCAUCACUACGAUAACUUUGUUUGGAUAGAAACAAGAUGGCUGACAUUUCCCUUGCAUACUACUGUGCUGGAAAGGGACAUGCUGUAGUGGAACAGCUUUGGAUAAGCAAGAACUAAAAUGAGAAACCUGGCAAAGGGUGUUUUAUUGAAUUUAUUUUGGCUUUUUGUUGCCUCACAAAUGUUCCCUCUUCUGACGCAUUUCCAUAAACAGGGUCAUUGAAUCUGGGUGAUCUUUAUGCUCCAUUAAAUGAGAACAUAUGAUUACAAAACUUUGCCCUCUGAUACAAACAAUAUGGGUGUUGUAAUGAUGAUAAUAAUUAUGACGAUAAUAAUAAUUAUAAUUAAUUUGAAUUAUAAUAAUAGUAAACAACAAAUGCUGUAGAUACAUGUAUCUCUAAAAAGCAGCUAUACGUUUAGAAUGCUACCUGAUUUCCAAGUAAGUAUUCUCAAAUUGCAAGACCAUUGGUUUCAACAUCAUACAUCCAGUAUAUAUGUAUGUACAAUAUUAUGAUAUUGAAAACGCAAAUUAUGAUUAUUAUCAUCAUCAUACACUAGUGGCAGAAUCAUCUAUUACAUUUAUUGUUUAUUGUUGAAUCUGUGGAGGGUAAUUUUCUCUUCAGGAAAUGAACUUCCUUUCCCAUGGAACAAUGAGGAUCACUAGACCUACCACAAUGAGUUCAACAACGGGUUCCACCAAACCUGCAGCAACAGGAAAUAAUGAACUUGGUUCCACCAAACCUGCAGCAACAGGAAAUAAAUAGCUCUUAAAAAUGGCAGCGUCCACAUGGCAUCCUCACAGUCCAUGCUUCUUCAGAAACUCCUCUCUUUUGUCUCAGCUGAUCAGGACCUCUCAUUUUAUUCUGUUGCGUUAAAGACAGGACAUGAACCUGACGAAGACUUCUCAUUUGCAGAGGAUUAUAUCAGAUCUUAAACUCAGUGUUCUCAUGUGUGAAUGGGAUUCAUGGCAGCAGGGAGCUGAAGGAGGACAUCAUUUGGAAGGUAAGAGAAACGCCAAGAUUAAUUAUAUAACGAUGGGUGAGGUUUUUUUUUAAGAAAACGGACAAUUCUAAGAAAAAUAUAGAAACGUAUAGAUCUCUUUUUAAAAACAAAAAAUAUUAUGAUGUGUUUUUUCAUUUCCAUUUUUUAUCUAGUUUGAUUAUUUUCUUCUCCUUUUUAAAUCAAGUGUUAUCUUAAUUGUAAUAUUGUUAUUGUUAUUAUAAUUAGCUAAUUACACUGGUUAUAAUUAUGAGAGAUGUUCUGUUAGCAGAAGUCACUUGAAAAAUUAAAAAACCUGGCACACAAAAUGGCGGUUGAACUUCGUGACA